ACUCCGUGCUCCGUAUUAGAACCAAAAGCUUUGCAACUCUUCAAAAGCUUCCUCCUCUCCCCGACAUACUUUUUUUCUUCCUUUCCUCUUUCUGCCUGCCUGCUGGCUAUCCCCCCCGGACCGAAGCCUGCUCUUUCCACGCCCAUCACCAACCCGUCUAUUAUACCCACAGCCAUGGAGGAGAUUGCAAAGGAGUACGAUGUCAUCGUCUUGGGCACCGGCCUGACCGAGUGUAUCCUUUCCGGUGUCCUGAGUGUCAAGGGCCGCAAGGUCCUCCACAUUGACCGCAAUGACCACUACGGAGGAGAGGCUGCCUCCGUAAACCUUGAGACGCUCUUCAAGAAGUACGGCAACUUCAAGGAGGGUGAAGAGCCCUGGAAGAAGUACGGCCGCCUCAAUGACUGGAACAUCGACCUUGUCCCCAAGCUCCUCAUGUCAUCCGGCGAGCUGACCAACAUCCUCGUCUCCACCGACGUCACCCGAUACCUGGAGUUCAAGCAGGUUGCCGGCAGCUACGUCCAGCAGGGCAAUAGCUCCAAGGCCACCGUUGCCAAGGUCCCCUCAGAUGCCGGCGAGGCCCUCAAGUCGCCUCUCAUGGGCCUCUUUGAGAAGCGCCGCAUGAAGUCCUUCAUCGAGUGGAUUGGCACUUUCGAUCCCAAGGACCCUGCCACACACAAAGGUCUUGACAUGAACACCUGCACCAUGAAGGAUGUCUAUGACAAGUUCGGCCUCGAGGAUGCCACCAAGGACUUCAUUGGCCACUCCAUGGCCCUGUACCUCACUGAUGACUACAUCACCACCGUUGGCCAGGCUCCUGAGGCCAUUGAGCGUAUCCGCCUGUACGGUAACUCCGUCGCUCGAUACGGAAAGUCCCCAUACAUCUACCCCCUGUACGGUCUUGGCGAGCUUCCCCAGGGCUUCGCUCGUCUGUCUGCCAUCUACGGCGGUACCUACAUGCUCAACACCAACAUUGACGAGCUCCUGUACGAUGGUGACAAGGCCGUUGGCAUCAAGGCCACCAUGACCGGAGUCGAGGAGAUGAAGUUUGAGACCAAGGCCAAGCUGAUCCUUGGUGACCCCUCAUACUUCCCCGGAAAGACCAAGGUUGUCGGCCAUGUCCUGAGGGCCAUCUGCAUCCUCAAGCACCCUCUUGCUGGAACCAACGACAGCGACUCUGCCCAGAUUAUUAUUCCCCAGUCCCAGGUCGGCCGAAAGAACGACAUCUAUGUGGCCUGCGUCUCAUCUGCCCACAAUGUCUGCCCCAAGGGCUACUGGAUCGCCAUUGUCUCUACCAUCUCUGAGACUGAGGCGAACCACCACCUCGAGCUCCAGCCCGGUCUUGAGCGUCUCGGAGCUAUUGAGGAGCAGUUCAUGGGACCUCCUAUCCCCAUCCACGAGCCCCUUGAGGACGGCACCAGGGACAACAUCUUCAUCUCCAAGAGCUACGAUGCUACCAGCCACUUUGAGACAACGACGGAUGACGUCAAAGACAUUUACCGCCGCGCCACCGGCGAGGAGCUCAAGGUUGAAGGUCUGAGGGAGGGCAUCAACGUUGCGGAAGAGUAAGAAGCGAAAUUAGUGGUUGCCAAUCUUUUUGUCUGUUAAAUCAUGCUAUCGAGAUCUUUGGAGUUGAUACUUCUCCCCCUCUAAACUUUUUGCGAAGAGCGACCAUGUUUUUUUUUCUUCUUGUUUCUGGUUCGGUAAAUGUCAAUAAUCAUGAUUGAAAAAAAAAAAUCAUCAUUUAAGUACAUCAAGCAUAGGUGGCAAAGGACAAGUAUCGAGAAACAAAGAAAAAAGAGGAAGGCGGGGGAAAUCUUAUCAUAUAUAAUAAGACUUUCUCAUCACAUCAUCAUAUAGGGACUUUUUGUCAAAGCAGUAUAUUUGUACUUUUAAUUCAAAUUCGAA